AUGGCACUGGACGCACCUGCCGCGGCAUACGGCAGCCUGCCACCUGCAAACCUGGCUGCCGCCCGUCAACAUGUCCAGACUCUCUCCGCCCGAGACCGUGAAGCUUUGCUCCGUGCCCUGCUAGAGCAGUACGAACAUCCCCACGGCCGCUCACAGCGGAGCUCACUGGCGACCAGUACCACGCACUCCUCCAGAUCGUCUUCGUCGACCGCCGCUGGGUCAAUAUCAGCAUUCACGUCGUCGUCACUGUUUGACUGCCCGCCGCUCCACGAAGAGGUCGAGGAAGACCUCGCCGUUCCAUCAGCAGCCGCCUUGCAAACAGCAUCAGCAAUUUCUCCCGCAGAUCCCAACCGCUGGCCGGCCCCUUCUCCCACACACUCGCAGCGCCUCCGGUCUCAGUCUCUGUCCCUGACGACCUCACAACCACUCCACAAGUCGUUUUCCACUUCUCAACUACAGCAGCCCUCGAAUCACGGCCGGUCAAGGUCGUUGUCCUCUACCUCGGAUAUCCCACUGCCUCUCCAGCUGCCCUCAGCAAAGGAAAAGCCACAACCGGACUGGACCACCGUCGGAAGCAUAGCCACGGUAACAGCCACAGCAACGGUCCCGCACACAAGUGAGAAGCAAAAGUCAAAAGCAAAGCCAGUGCUGCGGAUAAAAACAAGCGCAGCCGACUUCCGGGACACAGAGCCGACGACGACAACAAAGGCAGCACAUUCCUACUGGUGUACAGCAUGCGGUGAGAAGCUGGGCGAUCGCACAGCAUGGAUUCUGCACGACGUCGCCUGCCGAGGCAAAGAACGCAGUCUCUCCUGCGCGGACGACAGUCGAGACGCUUCUGGCCGCAACCAUACCCAGCGGGCAUGGGCCUGCGGCUUCUGUGCCGCGUUCCUCGGCUCGCUCGAGCGCUACCAAAGCCACGUCGUCGGCCACUUUGAACGCGGCCGCACGCUCGGUCACUGGCACUAUGCCAACGUCAUCUACGGGCUGCUGCACCAGCCGGCCGUGCACAAGCCUUGGAAGCACCUGUGGGCGGCACGCGCAGCUGCCUUGCCGCCUCACAUGCGGCCCAAGGCGACAUGGUCGCCGGGGUGCUGUCUGCGAGGUCGGGACGAGGCCGAAGAGCCGAUCACGCUACAAGAAGCCCUCGAGCUGUUCGACCCAAGCCACGAAAGCGCCUCGGCACUGGCAUUACAAGCCGACGCCCUCGCCAUUUACAUUUCCGUGCCUAUCGAUGAAGCCGCAGAGAAGAAGCAGAAGAAACAUGCACGGAUGCAUAAAUCGGAUCCGACGCCUGCAAACGAGACAAAGCCUCAAAUCGAGGCAACCAAAGUACAAGCAGCACUACCCACUGAGGCCGACGUUGGGCAGCAAACAGAGCCUGCCCCGGCGCCUGCGAUGUCAACUACGAAACUCCUCCCCACUUCCGAGCCUGAUGCAACUCCGUCGCCGCCAGCGCCCACAAAUCCGACUCAGACCAAGGACGCUCCGCUACCGGCACUUCCAUCGGACGCAACUCCGCCACAGCCGAUUUCUUUGUCGCCCCCGGACCUUUCCAAGAAGGAUGUGAAGCGUGGUUCCAAGCUUUCGCCACGAAAGCCACUGUUUAUGUUCCGCUCCAAGAGCCCGUCGUUCUCGCCCGAGUCGAUCGCCGGAAAGGUUCUACCAGCCACCAAGGAGGUUCCGGCUCGCCAAAUCGAUAGGAAACCACCAUCUCAAGCAGCGAAGCUCUCGAAGCCGCGCCGCGUCGUAUCGACGCCGGCCACAACGGCCGCGCCCGCCCCCUGCCCGAAUGUAAAGUCCAGCACCACCGAAAAAGCAACCGCGAGAAAUACCACAACAGCCACUGCCACGCAAAGGACGACUAUCUCCUCAUCUUCUACCACAAACACUCCCCGCCCGCAAAACUGGGCUGACCGGCCCCUCCCUCCUUUGAUCAUGAACGAGUUUGGCGUCAUCUCAAACCGGGCGACAACGACAAUGACGGCAACGCCGCCCAUCUACACAAGCAUGGCUGCUGGGUACUCUUCGGACCAGCCACCCAAACCACCGCCAAAACCCCGAGCAUACAUACCAGCGGACACAAUGGGCGACUGGAACAGCAUCGCCACGACAAUCGUGGACGACAUAAUGGGGCCAGUCAAUGCUCUUCACAUUACCGUGUGA